ACUACGAGGUGCGGCGCCGGUCUAUAAUACCAGUACACCGUCGCUCCCCCAAAGAACCCCAUCCCACGUAGCGCUCCACAUGCGUUGCGUUAGAUAGACGGACGAGACCUGUCCAAGAGAGCAAGCCAGACAUCGCCGGCCGCGCCGUGUAGGCUCACUGUGCACCUCCCCGUCCGAUGGAUCCGGUGCUGCGGGGUGCGGCGAGCCCCGGUGGCGGCCAAGGUGGCGCGGGAGGAGGAGGAGGAGGAGGCGAGGCGCACUACAGGGGCGUGAGGAAGCGGCCGUGGGGGCGGUACGCUGCGGAGAUCCGCGACCCGUGGAAGAAGACGCGCGUGUGGCUGGGCACCUUCGACACCCCCGUGGAGGCCGCCUUCGCCUACGACCGCGCCGCGCGAACCCUCCGCGGCGCCAAGGCCAAGACCAACUUCCCCGACCACGCCCACCGUCACCACCACCACCGCCCGCCCCUGCAGCAGCAACCCGUUCCGUUCGGCGGCAUCGACCUCAACCUCAACUUCCCUUCGCCGUGGCACUUCGUCUACUUCUCGCCUCCGGCGGCCGCGCCAGCGCCUCGUCUUCCGCAAGAAGCGUCUCCGGCGGCCUCCGUCCCGCCGUCGACGGCGCUCGAGCUCGGCAUGGCGCCCAGGCCUGCCGGCCUCCCGUUCGACCUCAACGAGCCGCCAUCGCUGCUCUUCGGGUCGUGAUACGAUCGCAUGGCUCAUGGCUGCGAUCGACGGUAGUGGGCUUCUGUGACGGUGUGUGUGAGAGAGAGACGUGCUGACGGCCGCAAGGGGAGCCGACGGCACUGGUUCGGCUAGCUGCCUGUAUAUACCUAUUUGUGGAAAGCUUGGCCUUUCUUCUUGGUCA